UGGAAAUCAACCGUGAGUAGUCUUUAAACCGAAGGAUUCAUUUCAAAUCAGUUUGGCCAGACAGCUCGGAAUGAUUUCUAUAGCAUGACCUCCUCGUUCCCUGCAGCUCCAUGCGGUGAUCAUUUAUUUGACGAGGACGGUAAGAAACUGCCUCCGUGCAUCCCCGGGGCCUGGCUCACGCCUGCCAUCAUGGCCUGUUACCUCCUCGUGGCAAACAUUCUUCUGGUCAACUUGCUGAUCGCCGUGUUCAACAACACUUUCUGUGAAAUCAAGUCCAUUUCCAACCAGGUGUGGAAGUUCCAGAGAUAUCAGCUGAUCAUGACGUUCCACGACCGCCCCAUCCUGCCGCCACCUCUCAUUAUUUUCAGCCACAUCUACAUCCUCUUCAACCGGCUGUUUCGCCGAUGUGCCAGAAAGAAACAAGAUGGAGAGCUGGAUGAGAAGGAUCGCGGACUCAAGCUCAGGCUGAAUCCAGAGGAGCUCAAAUGUCUGUAUGAGUUUGAAGAGCAGUGUGUGGAGGAAUAUUUCCGCGAGAAAGAGGAUGAGCAGCAGUCUUCCAGCGACGAACGCAUCAAGGUCACCUCGGAAAGAGUUGAGAACAUGUCCAUGCGUCUGGAGGAGGUAAACGAGAGGGAGAACACCAUGAAGGCCUCCCUGCAGACAGUGGACCUGCGCUUGGCACAGCUGGAGGAGAUCCACGGGAGGAUGGCGGUCGCCCUGGAAAAGCUCGCAGGCGUGGACCAAAUGGAACUGACCAGGAGCCACUCGCGAAACUCCUCCCAGUGCGACCCCUCCUCCCUGCUGCGCCAGGGCAGCAUUAACAGCGCUGAUGGUUACAGUCUGUACCGUUUCCACAUGGACAUGGAGGAGUUCGCGUCGAAGCAGAAGGACACGGACGUGACACCGAAAGCCGGCGUGGAGAGACAGAGGAGCCUGAGGGAAGCCUCCGGUAUUUGUACCCGCAACCCAAAGGAAAGCGGACAGACCUUAGAGGUCGGCGGUCUGGACAGAUCACGACCGAGUUCAUGUGUGGGCAUUCUCAUAUCUCCAUGCGAACAGAAGCCGGCCUCCGCCACAUCAAGUCAAGAGACCUUGUCCAACCUGAAGAACGGCAGCACAAUGCUGCUGGACCGACUGAAGCCUUGUUCUCCACCAAAAAGAACCAAAUCCUUGAGGUACUCGCCAGUUGAAGACCAAGCCACUUCUCCUUUGACAAAGAGGAGGGCUAUGAGCACCAUCGUUGUCAGCCCCCCCGAUGGGGAAGCAGAUGAGCCCCCAACGAAGAAGGCCCAACUGCCGUCUGGGACUUCCUCGUCCCCAAAGAGGACUAAAUCGUUGAGACAUUUCCACGGUGAAUUCCAAAGCCAGACUUCCCCCGUCACAAAGAGGAGAGCCAUGAGCGGCAUCAUCCACAACCCAGCGGAGGCAGGUGACGAUGUGCAAGCUGCUGAAUUAAAGUCGGUGGCGGAACAGCUCACCAAAACCCAGAAUCAGUGGCAAGAGAACUUGGAGCACAAGAUGCACCCGAGCACUACCGGUCACAUGGCCAACGUUUCAACCGUCAGAAGUCUCUCCCAACAGUCUCGAGCUCGCGCUGCACCCACAGAGCCUAAAAGCGAUCCUCUGGAAGGCACAGGAGCGCGUCCGACGGAGGGACACGCAGCGGACCAUUCAAAGGCGAAGGCCAAGCGGAACCUCUCAGACGCUACCGAGUACCUGACCGUGGCCGACGAAAAGCGGUUCCCGUCUCACAGAUCGCAGAGCUUCACCACCAGUGGGAGGGAAGCAAAGGCGGUCAGUAAGGAGGCCGGAGCCUCAGGCAGCGAGAGGGACCUGGGCGAGGCCUGCAGGGCGGCGGGCGGCGAUGCGGGGAAGAAGAUGGAGGCAGAGCAGGAAGAAGACAAUCCGCCUGGAAAUUAGAUACGAGCCAUGAAGAGAGGCGGGACGAAACAAAAUGAGGAAAUUCAUUAUUUAUGGAGGAGGAAUUGGAUGGUGGAAGCGAUGCAGAGAACUAUCCUACCUUUGUUCUGGAGUUUAUGCCUCACAUCAAUGAUAAAAAAUGGAAUGGCAGUAUUUCCUUACCAAACUUUCUUUUUUCUUUCCAUCAUGCAUUACCUGUUAGUUGUCAGUACAAAGUAGUGAAAAAAACCCACAACAUAGCUUUUUCUUUCAAAGAUUCACUUUCUUUACUCUUUCAUU